AUAUAUGUAACUUUAUGAAUAAUAAAAGUUUUUAGUCGAAAAUGAGAGGUAUUCAUAUUUGAAGAAGCAAGACGAAAAAGGAAGCGGAUCCUUUUUUCUCCCUUAUUCAAGUGUGUAAUAUGAUAUAUCGGUCAAUAAGAUGGAAAAAGUAAUGCCAAAGAUAAUCGAUUUCACAUUCCACCCAUGCAAAUCAAAAUUAAAAUGAAAAAAAAAAUAAAUCAAGAAAAUGAUCGAAAGAGAAAAGAAGGCGAAAAAAAGAUAAAAGAAUAAAGGAUAGAGAAUACUAGGCAAAACAACACGACAUAUAUUAUACAGGAUAGCGAAAUGAUAACCUCCUCAUUUUCUAACAGAAUAUCACAUUGAAUAAAAUCAACUAUAAGAAAAAAACAAACAUGAAAAAUAAUUAAAUUGAUAUGCUCCCAUCCAAUAGAAAAUUUGUUAUGCAUUCAUACAUCUAUCAGAAGAAAAUGAAAAUUAAACAACGAUAGAAAAUUUUUACAUUAGAUAGAGUCUAACCUAGCCUUUAUCUGUCCUGGCACCAGCCUACCUGGACUUCGUGACUCCGUUGCCUAUGGUGGAUGCGUGUUUAGAGUUUGAAUGAGAAGAAGAACUGCACCCUUAUCAUCAACGGAGAGUAAAUUCUCAGACGAGAAAAAUGCUAAUUGGAAUAUAUUUAUUUUUUAGAGAAGUUUCUUCAACUUUAAUUACUUUUGAACAAAUAUCAGAUAGACUCAAUUCUUUGAAUGAUUUCCGUUUUUUAAAUAUAAGUACAUUGGCAAUUUUAACAAAUGCUUAUGAAGAUAUGAAUCCAUUCUAUAAUAGUUAUCAAGAUACUUUAAUAUAUAUAAAAGAUUAUUCACCUGUAGAAAAUCAUAUAUAUACAUUAUUAAAAACUAUUUGUAGUUAUUUUAAUUUACCAAUAUGUUUAAAUGAUCUAUCAAUAGAAAUGAAACAAGCUUUAAAUGAUCGAAUUCAAGCAUUAUUUGAUUGCUUUCUUCGAUCAAAUUGUUCCAACCUAAUAUCGGAAACAAAUGAAACAAGUAUAUUUUAUUUUAAAGAAAUUUUAAAUAAUAUGAAAGAAAACUUUUCAUUUUUACAACCUGUUUUACAUCAAUCUGAUGUUAAAAAAUAUAUAAAUAACCAUUUUUUUGAUGCAUCAUCUUAUGUUCAUGAUAUAUUAUUAAAUUGGAUAGCCAUACGUAUGACUAAUACGAGUAAAAAUCUAUGUAACGAAAUAGGAGAUGUUUUUCAAUUUAAAAUUUAUCAAAAAUCAACAGAAACAUGUUUAUAUGGUUCAGUUAAUUCAAUUAAUUUAAUACGAAAUACUGAUGAAACAAUUGAUGAUCGAAUAAUUUUUACAUCAAAUUAUGAUGAACCUGAAUUACUUGUCUAUAUGAUAGACGAAACUAAAAAAGAUAUUAUUAUGCUUAUAUGUGGUAUUAUACUUUUCAUAUGUGGAUUUAUUCUAACAUAUUUUCUUAAAAAUUUAUUAUCUGUCAUAUUAAACUAUGAAGAAAAUUUUUGA